CUCGAUCCUGUGCGUCUUGCUAUACAGAUAGCCCCAUGGUGCGCUCAUCCGUUUAUUUUUACAUGUUCGAUAUCCGAGGACAACCUCUUUUAUCAUAUCCCCAUGGAGUGUGCCAUUUGCAGUUUUACUACUGGUAGUAGUAUUUUCUCACUACAAGGACGAUAUUUCUCUGUUUAUUUCUAAAUGUGACAAAGAUAAAAUGUGGAAGACAUCCUCUACUCCAGUUACAGACGGUUUGCGGUACUAGCCGGAUGGGAGGGUAGCCUAAUCACGGAUAACCUGCCUCUUCAAUUCUCUUCGAGGGAGAGGAGUUUGGUUUGAAAGAUAAGAGUGAUACAAAAAGUUGAAGCCAUGGGGAAACCGGUUUGAAGUUCAUCUCACAUUCAAAGUUGUUGGGCCCAAUCCUAAUUGAGGGGUCAGUGGAUUUGACCUGACGUAGCAUAACACCUGAACUGUGACCAUUAUGGCGGAGAGAGCAGGCUUUGGUAUCCCCAAAAGCAACUCACGUCCUGUAGGCUCACUCCCACCAGAGCCGAUCGACAUCAUCCGUACUAAGGCUCGAUCCAGAAGAGUCCGCAUCAAUGUUGGGGGGCUGGUCCACGAGGUCCUAUGGAGGACCCUGGACCGUCUCCCCAGGACCAGGCUGGGUAAACUCAGAGACUGCAAUACCCACGAAACCUUAAUGGAGAUCUGUGACGAUUACAGCUUGACUGAUAACGAGUACUUCUUCGAUAGGCACCCAGGGGCGUUCUCCUCCAUUCUGAACUUUUACAGAACAGGGAAGCUGCACAUGAUGGAGGAGAUGUGCGCCCUGUCCUUUGGCCAGGAGCUCGACUACUGGGGUAUAGAUGAGAUCUACCUGGAAUCCUGCUGCCAGGCCAGGUACCACCAGAAGAAGGAGCAGAUGAACGAAGAGUUGAGGAGGGAGGCCGAGUCUCUCAGAGAAAAGGACGGGGAGGAGCCGGAAGAAGGCUGCUGUCCAGACAAGAGACAGAAGCUGUGGGACCUCCUUGAGAAGCCUAGCUCUUCUCUUGCUGCUAAGUUCCUGGCCUUUGUCUCCGUCUUCUUCAUCGUUCUAUCAACAAUCUCAUUAUCACUCAAUACCUUGCCAGAGCUACAAGUCGUUGAUGAGUUUGGACAGGUCAAUGACAAUCCCAGCCUAGCGCAUGUUGAAGCUGUGUGCAUCGCCUGGUUCACGAUGGAGUACCUCCUCCGCUUCCUCUCUUCUCCUGACAAGUGGCAGUUCAGCAAAGGCCCACUGAACGUCAUUGAUUUACUMGCUAUCCUGCCCUACUAUGUAACUCUCUUCCUGACCGAAUCCAACAAGAGUGUUCURCAGUUCCAGAAUGUCAGACGAGUGGUCCAGAUAUUYCGUAUCAUGAGAAUCUUAAGAAUUCUAAAACUGGCCAGACAUUCCACUGGACUGCAGUCCCUUGGGUUCACCCUUCGGCGCAGUUACAAUGAAYUGGGUCUGUUGAUAUUGUUYYUGGCUAUGGGYAUWAUGAUCUUCUCCAGCCUGGUAUUCUUUGCYGAAAAAGAYGAAGAUGCCACMAAAUUCACUAGUAUUCCUGCUUCAUUCUGGUGGGCUACCAUUACCAUGACAACUGUAGGUUAUGGGGACAUWUAUCCACAAACUCUUCUUGGUAAAAUAGUCGGYGGGCUCUGCUGUAUUGCAGGUGURUUGGUCAUUGCAUUGCCCAUCCCCAUCAUUGUGAACAACUUCUCAGAGUUUUACAGGGAGCAGAAGAGACAGGAGAAAGCCAUCAAGAGGAGAGAGGCCUUGGAGCGGGCGAAGAGGAAUGGCAGUAUUGUGUCUAUGAAUCUGAAGGAUGCGUUCGCUCGCAGUAUGGAGCUUACGGACGUUAUGGUGGAGAAAGGUGAUGAGAAACGGCCAAUGGAUAACCAUCUCUCACCUAGUAGGUGGAGCAGUAGGCAAGGCAACUCUGAGGUUAGUCCAAAAUCCCAGGCGAGGUAUAAAGAGGUUGCUCAACUGGGAUCUCCAGAUAGGGUCAAUCCUCUAAGAACCAGCCCACAGCACCUGAAUGCCAAGAUAUUGGAGGAGAUGUACAACAAGAUGACGACCACUGCCAACGUUGGCUCGGGAGCUCCACAUGAACAGAAGCUUAAGGAGGAAAUGGAAAUGAGGGUGGUGUCUUCUGGACUAAAGCCCCCCCUAAUUAGGGAACGAGUCAGCGGUGACCUCAGGAGCCCAUCCAGCGUGGACAGCUUCGCCAGCUGCACUACAGAGUUCAGUGUGGCAGAAAGCAGUGCCCUCCUCCCUAACGUAGCAGGACGGAAGGCACCUCCUCCCCUCGACCUCAGCCAGAUCAGCUCUAUGGAACCAAAACCCCAAGAGAAUGUUCCGCCGGCUACCAUCAUCAAGGAGGGUCUUUAUGAGUAUGUCUCAAGCAAUCCAGAGGGGGCGUCACAGGGGGAGGAUAAUCAAAGCUUUGACAUGAGCGUUGAAAACAUCCGCAGUUCUCUUAGAGGCAACCCACAGAAGACGAAAGCUCUAAAAGUGAAUUUCAUUGAAUCUCAGGCAGAGAUGCCAUCAACGCCUCCCUGUGCUACUCUGUCUCCACAAGGAUACCAGCCCUCCCCACCCCCAGGCCAGGCCCCGGUGACCAGCCCACGGGCUCCAGGAGAGUCAGGCCAAGGAGAGGAUGCAGCCAAGGGCUUAGAGGGCGAAGGUCAGCCUUCCAGCUUAAGCCACAGGGGAAAUCACAUGGACAGGGCCGCUGUCUUCAGCCCUUUGUCACCUAAAUCAACCAACUGCACUACUCAGGAAGUGGUUGUUGCUGGCAACGGUGAAGGAGAGGCAGGCAACAGCCAAAAGGAAAACCACAUAGUUCUGGAUGGAAGUCUAUCUCCAUCUUGUGAAACAAGCAUGUGACUAGUAUAGGUGGAAGGUCAAGGAAAGAUUAAACAGACUCUCUGUUGUCUAUGAAGAACAAAAAGAUGAAGCACACUAAUGUAUUAAAAAAUAAGUUGUCUGCAUGGCUUGACAAUUAUUUUUUCUGAUAACAUCACUGUUUCUGAAGACCUAUGAGAACUGCUGCUUGCUGCAGACAUUGAACUUUUAACAGUGAAUUUUACUAUAAGGCUCCAAUGUGAGCAAAAAAACAACCUAGUAUGAAUGAGGACAUUUAUGAACAAAUUGUACUUUAUGGUCCUGGACUUUUUACGCAGCUAGCUGUACAUUGCAAGUUUCUUUUUUUUAGCUUGCUGAAUAUUUUUUUCUGAAGUGUGGUGGGACAAGGACAUCGACUGAAGAGGGGAAUGUGGAAAGACUUUGGGAUUUUUAUAUAAGGCCUCAUCAUUGGUCGAGCAGUAUCAAUGUCAUAUCAUAUUCUGUUACUUGAUAUGGCUUGCAUUAAUUAGCAAAGUUUCGAUUCCAUCUCAUGUUAUUGUAUCUGUUUAGAUUUUGCACCGUUCUCAAUCAAGUCAACCGAGAGAUAUACUGUAUAUGGAACAAGCAAGGGCCUCCUAGUUCAGGGAAAUGAGAAAUGAAUCUAAGCAAAAAUAAAACGAAAGUGCAGCAUAUUAUAUAACAAUUCUUAAACAUCUGCCAAUAUGGAAAUAGACCAAUAAGAAAAAAACAGUUUUAAUAAUAGCCUAUACAUGGCUAUCUAUGAUUGCUUUUAAAUACUUUAUAUUCUACUAUGUUAUAUUCUGUUCAUGUGAAUGAGCUUAUGUCCCUCAUUUCUAUGUUUAGCAUUGCUGUGGUGCAACCCUGCAUUGAUGGAAUGGGAAAUGGACAAGCCAUAUAAGUAUUGCACCUCAUGUACUGGUAUUUACACUAUGAGAAAAUUGAUUAGAUAAUGGCAUUAUACUUUWAAAAAAAUAGUAUCAUACAGCAGCACUUCCUUCACUUAGAUACGGAUCAUAUCAACUGAAUGGUUAUUCAGGUUCUUCACUAAAAUGGACAUGUAUUAUUGCUGAGUUCCAGAUCCAUCAUGAUCAAAGGAAAUCUGUGUUGUUACACUCCUCACUGUAUUUAUGUUGUUGUAAUGCUGCCUUUUGCUUAGAGAAGUGCAGAAAAAUGUAUUGGAUAUGUACAUGUACGUAUGCUAGUUGGAACAAAUAAUGUGUAUGUUUGAUGUGUCAAGUUUAAUUUAUAUUGUAUGGGGAUGAUUGUGGUCACAGUAGGUCUAAUACGGUAUGGUUUCCCAAAAUCAGUCCAAAGGCCGCCCCUGGGUGCACAUUUUAGUUUACGCCCUAGCAUUACACAGCUGAUUCAAGUAAUCAAAGCUUG